AUGGCCAUGGGCCGUAAUGACAAGUCCGAGUCUCCCAACCAAGCGAGACCCUUGCGCGUCAUUGACCUUUGCACCGGCACAGGUUGCAUAUCACUUCUUCUGCAUGCAUUACUUGCUCUUCAUUUCCAGCAGUUGGAGAUAGCAGCAGUGGACAUCAGUCCGACGGCCUUAGGCCUAGCCCAGGAGAACCUCGAGCAUAACCUGCAACUGGGCCAGUUGGCAUCCAGUGCAGGCGCAGACAUCCGUUUUUAUCGCGCCGAUGUUCUCGGACAUGGCAGUGACAAUUCCGUACCGUCCAUUGAGUCAAUACUUCAAACCCAACUCCCCAAUUUCGGAGCAUCCGAUACCUCGCUACCAGUCCAAGAAAGUGGAUGUGAUCUAUUAAUCUCCAACCCGCCCUACAUAUCCCAAACCGAGUUCCGCAACGGCACCACUGCGCGCAGUGUACGGCGCUUUGAGCCCAAGCUGGCACUUGUGCCUCCACACUCGGGCUCUGGGGCGGAAGACUGCAUGGCCGAGGAUAUCUUCUACCACCGCAUUCUCACCCUAGCAUUCAAGUUGAGGGCCAAGCUCACGGUGCUAGAGUGUGGGGAUUCUCACCAGGCUAGUCGAGUGCUUGCUCUUCAUAAGAGACUUGCUUCUGCCGAAUCUGGGCAAUUCAGUGCGGAGGUCUGGCCGAGUCGAGAGCGGGAUUUGGCUGAGAAUGGGUUUCACGCAACUGAUGGGUCGCGAUGUGUUAUCAUACAGGCUCUCCAGUAG